GGCGACGAGUGCACUUUUGCUUCGAGUGGUGUCGGCCGCGAUGUUCCAGCUCGCGCUCUUCCAGCCGCGGAUUCCGCCCAACUGCGGCAACAUCAUCCGACUCGCGGCCAACAACGGCUGCAUCUUGCACCUCAUUGAACCGUUCGGCUUUAGCCUCGACGAGAAGAGCGUGCGGCGCGCGGGUCUCGACUACCACGACAUGGCGACUGUUCGGCGGCACAAGGACUUUGAAGCGUUUAGCGCCGCCGUGGCCGGACACCGCCUCUUAGCUUGUACGACCAAAGGCAGCCGGCCGUACACGGACAUUGCGUACCAGCCCGGCGAUGUCCUGCUUUUUGGCUCUGAGACGACGGGGCUUCCGGACGACAUCCGCAACAACAUCCCUGCCGAGCACCGGAUUCGGAUUCCGAUGAUGGCGGGCGCGCGGAGCAUGAACCUGGCCAACUCGGUGUCUAUCAUUAGCUACGAAGCGUGGCGACAACACGACUUUGUCGGCGGUGUGUAAACUAACCCAAACAAAUCUCAAAAGCACAGAGUCUGUGUUAA